UAUCGUUAGUCAAUGAAUAAUGUAGUUACCAAUAAUUAUUAGUUCUUGAAACGCGUACAAGUAUUGUUUUGUACACUGAACAAUAUUAAUAUAAUAAUAAUUACAUGUAAACCAAUGGCUACGUUUACGAAUUUCAAUUUACAAUUAGAUGAUGCGAUUUUUCAAUGCAAACAAACAUUUGAAAAUAUUCUAAGCGCUUCAACAACGACUGUCCUCAAGAAAUCAAUACUAGACAAAAUACUCAUAAUGCUUCAAGAAUACAUACACAGAGUUAAAGAAAUAGAUAAAAAUGAGUCAUCAAAGGAAAUAGUUAACUGUGAGAACAAUAUAUCGAGAGAUAUUUGCAAAAAAAUUGAAUCUUGCCAAAGAUCAGCGGGAACUUCGAAUAAGGCAUUUGACUAUUUCAAAGCUUUAUGUAACGAAAAGAACUCACCUGCUCUACAAAAGUGGGAUAGCUACAAGUGUGCAGCUUGUAAUUAUCAAACGCCUAGAAAAGCGGAUCUGAAAAAACAUUUGAAACGCCAUAUGGGAGUUUGCGAUUACUGCUGUAACUAUUGUGCCAGAACAUUUUUUGACAAAUACAACUUGGAAAGACAUGUAAAUGCCAAUCACACUAAACAACAACAAUAUUCUUGUACAAUGUGUACAUAUAAAACAUAUUUGUACGAUUCGUUAAAACGCCAUACAAAAAUUAAGCAUAUUGAAGAUACUGAACAACAAUUUAUAUGUCCCAUAUGCUUUCAUGUGAGCGCAACUAAACAAGACAUGACAAUUCAUUCAUACGUUCAUAACCAAACUAAACCUUAUAUGUGUGAAGAGUGUGGUUCUAUGUUUGCUAUUAAAAGUAGAUUGAAAACUCAUCAAAACACUGUACACAACGAGCGACUUCACACUUGUUGCAUUUGUGAAAAAUCUUUUCAAUCAAUGUCGCUGCUGAAACGUCACACAAUGAUUCAUUCUCGUUUUAAACCCUAUUCUUGCCCUUUCUGUAAUCAUUCGUCAAACAGUCAAAGUAACUUGACCAAACACGUACGAAACAUUCAUUCAAAAGCAAAUUUCUCUUAUCACAAAUUUAUAAAUGGAAAAUAAAUGUAAACCAAAUAGAACAGCGACUGUUUGAUUAAUAAGAGAACCUGUCAAACAAUUGCUUUGGCAAAACUAUUACCUAAUACCUGUAUAUGUUUAUAUAUAUUUAAAAAAUCAAUUGAAUAUAAAUAUACCAACUUGAACCAUUUUGCAUCUUGUGAUACAAUAAAAUUGAAAUACAUUCCAUUAUUUUUAUAA